AUGGCAGCUAAACGUCUUGGUCAAUGGGCCACUCGUCUUUAUAUUGGUUUGCUUAUUAUUGGUCUUAGUAUUCCUGGUUUAUAUGCUAUAAUUCAAUCUCAAACUUUGACAAAAACAUACAAAGACCCAUCUUUUAAAUUAUACGAAAAGCUUCAACGUGAUCAAGAAAAUGCACUGGAAUGUCCAUGUUCAUCUAUUGCAACAACAUACAAUGAAUUUGUUAAAAUUGAUGCACGAUUUCAUGAAGUAUGCUCGAGUCCAUUCGCUUCGAAUGAAUGGUACAUUAAUCUCACAGCUGGUCUUGUUUCUAAUCUUUCUAUCUAUGAUCAAAGAGACUAUCGUCGAUUUCUUUCUGCUCACUUACAGUUUCUUCAAGGAUUAUGUAAUAUUUCAAUUGAGUCAGUAUCUAAUACAAUCGAUCAAUUUCUUUCUUCAUUAUUAAUUACAACUCAACUUUUAUCAAAGAAGGAUUUCAAUGCACGUGUCAACUCGCAGAUAGAACUCAGUCGAUCGAAUGCUCCUACAGCACUCGGACAUUUUCUUUUCUUAAUUCGAAAUAUAAAUCAUGGAAAUGCCAUUAUAUCAAAGUAUGGAACAAAUUUUCAGUAUAUUAUCGAUUAUGAACUUCCAUACUCGACUCAUUUAUUUACUAAAGCUAUAAUUUAUGAUGAUGAAUGUUCUUGUGGAUUAUCUCCAUUAUGUACUACUCAAGCAAGUUUUAUUGAAAGCAACUCUUCUAAAAAAGUUCCGAUUCAAGGUUUAAAAAUGGGUUGUACACCAAGCGAAUCAUUUCGGGCUUCAACACUCGAAUGUUUUUAUAAUCAAUCAUGUCUUGAUCUUAUUCAACAAUAUACAAAUUACAAAGCUCGUAUCGAUCCUAUUAUUCCAUCCAACAAGAGUCGAUUUUCUAUUAAUACUACGAUGGCUGAACUUAUCGAUCAUCUAUUUAUCGAAGAAUGGAACACAACUAUAAAUUAUACAACUUAUUUUGAAAAAUGUUUACCCUUAUCUUGUUCUUAUACCUAUAUUCAACGAUUUAAUUUACUCUAUUUAAUCACUCUUCUGCUUAGUUUUCAAGGUGGUCUGGCCAUUCUUCUUAAAUGGAUAUGUCCUAAACUAGUUUAUGUUCUAGUCAAAAUAUAUAAUUAUCGAAAGAGGCAAACAAAUAUUAUUCAACCUUCAUGUUCACAUAGAAUAUCGACUAUUGACAUAACUACUACAAAUGUCUAUAAUGCCGAUAUAGAUCCAAAGCCAAUACCAACAAAUAGAACAUUACGGUAUGUGUGUUUUAUAUUGAUUUGA